AUGCCGCCGCCGCCGGCGCGGAGGCCUCCACCGCGCCUCCCCCACCGCAGCACCGCCGCCGCAUCCACGCUCCUCCUCCUCCUGCUGCUCCUCCUCUCCCCACCAGCCACCACCGCCGCGCAGCACCACGGCCACCACACCACAGGCGACGGCGUGGUGAUCUCCCAAGCGGACUACCAGGGCCUACAAGCAAUCAAGCACGACCUGUCGGACCCCUACGGCUUCCUGCGCUCCUGGAACGACAGCGGCCUCACCGCCUGCUCCGGCGCAUGGGCGGGGAUCAAGUGCGUCCUGGGCAACGUCGUGGCCAUCACGCUCCCCUGGCGCGGUCUGGGCGGCACGCUGUCCGCGCGCGGGCUCGGGCAGCUCGUCCGCCUCCGCCGGCUCAGCCUCCACGACAACGCCAUCGCGGGGUCCGUCCCGGCCUCGCUCGGCUUCCUCCCGGACCUCCGCGGCGUCUACCUCUUCAACAACCGCUUCUCGGGCGCCAUCCCCGCCUCCAUCGGCGGCUGCGUCGCGCUGCAGGCGUUUGAUGCGAGUAACAACCGCCUGACCGGCGCGGUCCCGCCCGCCGUUGCCAACUCCACCAGGCUCAUCCGGCUCAACCUCAGCCGGAACGCGUUGUCUGAUGUCAUCCCCGUCGAGGUCGUCGCGUCCGCGUCGCUCGUAUUCCUUGACCUCUCCUACAACAACCUCUCCGGCCCCAUCCCCGACGCAUUCGCUGGGUCCGACAAGUCGCCGUCUUCGACCUCCAAGCUCACCCUCGAGGAUGACGACAGCAGCAGCGACGACAAGGAGGCCAUCACCGGGAGCUACCAGCUCGUGUUCCUCAGCCUCGCGCACAACUCCCUCGACGGGCCCAUCCCGGAGUCCCUCACCAAGCUCACCAAGCUGCAGCAGCUCGACCUCUCGGCCAACAGCCUCAACGGCACCAUCCCGACGCAGCUCGCUGAGCUGGCGAACCUCAAGGCGCUCGACCUUUCCGGGAACAGUCUCGCCGGCGAGAUCCCGCCGGGGCUCGAUAACCUCACCGCCACGCUCCAGUCCUUCAACGUCUCGUACAACAACCUCUCCGGCGCGGCGCCGUACUCGCUGGCGCGCAAGUUCGGGGAGCCCGCGUUCACGGGGAACGUCCUCCUCUGCGGCUACUCUGCUUCCACGACCUGCCCGGCGCCCCCGUCCCCCGCGCCGGCGUCGCCCGCGGAGGAACCUCCUUCGCGCGGAGGCCGGAAGUUCAGCAGGAAGGCGCUCGUGCUCAUCGUCGCUGGAAUCGUCGUUGGCGUCCUCGUCCUGCUGCUGCUCUGCUGCCUCCUGCUCUGUUUUCUGAGCAGGAACAAGAGGUCUUCCGGCGGCACUGCCAGAACACGGAGCGGGAAGCAGGUGGCCAAGGAGGCCGGUGGUGCUGGCUCUGGUGCCGCGGCGGCCGGGCGCGACGAGAAGCCUGGGUCUGGCGCGGCGGAGGUGGAGUCCGGCGGCGACGUGGGUGGCAAGCUCGUGCACUUUGAUGGGCCGCUGGCGUUCACAGCCGACGACCUGCUGUGCGCCACCGCGGAGAUCAUGGGGAAGAGCACCUAUGGGACGGUGUACAAGGCCACGCUCGAGGACGGCAGCCUCGUGGCCGUCAAGCGCCUCCGCGAGAAGAUCACCAAGGGCCACAAGGAGUUCGAGGUCGAGGCGGCGGUGCUGGGACGGAUCCGCCACCCCAACCUGCUGGCGCUCAGGGCAUACUACCUGGGACCCAAGGGGGAGAAGCUACUCGUUUUCGAUUACAUGCCCAACGGCAGCCUCCACUCAUUCUUGCACGCUCGCGCUCCAAACACGCCAGUGGACUGGGCGACGAGAAUGACGAUCGCCAAGGGCACGGCGCGUGGCCUGGCGUACAUGCACGACGACAUGAGCAUCGUGCACGGCAACCUGACAGCCAGCAACGUGCUCCUGGACGAGGAGCAGAGCCCCAGGAUCUCCGACUUCGGGCUGUCGCGGCUGAUGACGACGGCGGCGAACUCGAACGUACUGGCGGCGGCGGGCGCGCUGGGGUACCGCGCGCCAGAGCUGUCGAAACUGAAGAAAGCGAGCGCCAAGACGGACGUGUACAGCCUGGGCGUCAUCAUCCUGGAGCUGCUGACGGGCAAGUCCCCCGCGGACAGCACCAACGGCAUAGACCUGCCGCAGUUGGUGGCGUCCAUCGUCAAGGAGGAGUGGACUAGCGAGGUGUUCGACCUGGAGCUGAUGCGCGACGCCACCGCUGCGGGCACCGCCGGGGACGAGCUCAUGGACACGCUCAAGCUCGCGCUGCACUGCGUCGACCCGGCGCCGGCGGUCAGGCCCGAGGCACGCGAGGUGCUGCGGCAGCUCGAGCAGAUCAAGCCCGGCCCUGAGGGCGGCGCUGGACCGAGCGAGGAAGGUGGCGCCACGCAUGUGCCGGCGGCUUCUGCUUCUGCAGGAGAUGAUGAGUAG